AUGCUCCUGACCGAUAACGCGGUUGUGGAUGGCUGUGGCAGUUGCUCAACAAGAAACGCAGCCCAUCCGGCCAACAAGGCACCUGGUUUUGCUCUGCUGGCCACUCCUGGCAACCAGUUGUGUGCACGUUGUGGGUUGCUAUAUGGCUCAAGCUUAAAGGUGGUAGCCGGCGCAGGGAUGCCGCCGGAGUCCAAGAAGAGGAAGGAGCCUGAACCCGUGGAGGACUUGGGCCUCGGGGGGCUUUACGACUUCCUCCCACCGCCGGACCCCGAGAAGGACAAGGCGACCGCCACAAAGGCCCGCAAGGCGGAACAAGCGUCGACCCGGCCGCAGCUGCCACCCAUCGACCGGUCCCGAGUGAUUUUCCUCGAUGUCGAUGGCGUUUUGCUGCCCGCGGGCAGCGUGGAAAUGAUCUACAUUGAUGGCGUGAUGUUGCCGGUGCGCGCGGCGAAGGAGGCAGACUUCAGCCGAGUGGCCCUGAGCAACCUCCGCUCCAUCGUGCAGCAGACCGGUGCCACCAUCGUGGUCUCCUCUGAGUGGCGACGGAGAGAGGAGAUGAGGGAUAACAUCAGGAGGACAUUGAUGACCCAGGAUCUCCCGGGCUUCCAGGACUCAACGCCGAUCUUCCAGCCCUCAGCCGAGUUGAUCAAGCAGCGCUUGGAUCAGGCCAUCAUUUGGGCUGAACGCCGGGCGCGGGAGAUUGGCAGCUGGCUGAAGCAGCACAAGGAGGUCAAGGCCUGGGUGGCGAUUGAUGACAUUGACUUCAGCUGGGCGGAUAGCGUGAAGGUCCCGGGGACGCCUCUCAUGAAGCAUCGCUCCGUUCUGACCAAUCCCAAGCACUGCAUCACCGAGAAGGAUGCGGACGAGGCUGUGCGGAUCCUUCUGAACCCACCGGUCAUCGCCCCCGGGGAGGAGGCCGAUGCCAUCGCUGCGGCGAGAUAUCUCACGGAGGAGGCCUUAGCGAAGUGCGAAUUCUGCGGCUUCGAAGCCAGAGAGUGCGAGCGGAGGAGAAAGCGUGACUGCGACCGGCUUCCUUCCGCUUGGUUCGUUCGGAUCACCGUGCGACGGUCGCCCAAGAUCCUCCGGAUGGCGGUGGCGGUGGCGCUGCCCGGGGCUCAGACCUGGUCGAAUUCCGACGCCCUGUGCAGUGAUCGCAAGCGGCCGCGGAAUGAUCGCACGGGCAGCGCCGAGCCCAUUUGCCACCGCUGGGAGCCCAGUGACGCUGUGGCUCCACGAUUGCGACGGCCCUCGGUCGGAACACCCAGCCCAGCGGGAGAAGACGGGCUACACGAUUUGCGCACUUUGUCGUUGCUAACGUCUGGGGCCGAAGCAGCCGGCAGAAGCUGGCCGAGGGCGGACGACCGGGCGACGGUGGAUGGCCAGGCGCAAUCCAUGGCAUCUCAUAGGCCAGAGAAGAGGACCGAGAAAUCCUUCAGAAAAGCGGUCGAGUGUAAAAAGGUGCCACUGCAGCCGAAAACGCCAAAGGCCACGAUCCUGAAGCCUGUGGAUGAAGCUGACAGGUACGCGUCUAGAGAGGUCCUGGCGUACCAAGCGCUUGGCAGCUCCUCCCUGGGCCCAUUCUUAUCCAAGUUCCACGGCGUCCGAUCCGUGGGGUCUGUGGACUACAUGGAGCUCGAGAGUGCCUACGCUGGACUGGUGGGUCCCACGGCCACGUUGGACAUCAAGAUUGGCAAGAAGACCUGGGAAGACGAUGCCUCUCCGGCCAAGGUCGCCAAGGAGUCUAAAAAGUUCGAUGAGGUCUACUCGGCCAGUAGUGCCAUGGACGGCUUCCGUGUGGCAGGGAUGAAGGCGGGCGCAUUGGUCCUGCAGUCCGAGAACUUGAAGCCGCGAGGGAGCCUCAAGACCGAUGAGUUCGCUGCCUGGCUGCUUCCUGCCUUCUUCGCCUCCCCCCCAGGCUUCGGCCCCCUCCCCCCCGACCCCAGCGCGGCGCCCGUCCCACCCGAGUCCGUCGAGAUCGACGUGCGCACGGCGCGGGCCAUGCUAGAGCAGCUGCAGGCCAUCAGUGUAGCGGCGGAAGCCGGCUUUGGUGGAACCUUGAGGGCCGCAAGCCUCCUCUUUACCCGUGAGAUGCGGCUGGGAGGCCGCUGUGAAGUCCGUCUCAUUGACCUGGCCCACUUUGCCCCUUCCAGCGAGCGUGAUGCCAACUUCUGCGACGGACUGGCGAACUUGGUUCGCGUUUGGGAAGCCUGGUGUCGAUCCCAAGAGCCUUGGUGCAUGUGUUGUGGCCAACGGAAAUGA